UCCUGUGAUGUCAUGCUACAAAUUGCCUGAGCUCUUUUCUCUCCUCUCCAGAAGGAGCCAGGCUGGCGAGCGGCUGCCGGGGCACGGGACGCCAGGGCUGUGCUCUGCAGGAACAAACACGCUCUGGAAUUUGGUUUCUGCCCUGGCCAGCAGCUUGCUUCCCACUCCGCGGGGCGAGCCAGCGAGCAAGCGCUCCCCGGAGCCAGAAAGCUCCUUUACAGAGAGAAAACGGAGAGAGAAAUGCAAGCGCCGACACUUCACGGCACCUGGGAAAUAGUUUCCUAAAGCAUACGUUCCCAGCAAGUUUGGAUGGAGAAGACCUCACCAACACGAUCUGCAGCCUAGAAUCAGGCAGAAAGUUCUACUGCAGCUCCAUCGAAUCAAGAGGGAAAAAUGGAACUAAGCGACCAUCAGGAUGACCUCAUCUGCCAUAAAUAACACCAUUUUUGACUUUCGAAUACUGGCUAUGUGAUUACAAAUAGCACUUUGGAGAGACAAGCGACCUCCUGGUGACAACCGCUGGAGAUGUGCACCCCUGCUACAGAGCUUGUGUUCCUUCUCUGAAGCUUUGCAUUGCAACAGACUCACAAAAGCACUCAGUUCAAACACAUCUGCGAGCAAUUCUGGAAUUUAAAAAAAAAGUUGCAAUAAAAAUACCAGAGAAACCUCCUAAUCACAGGAAUUUUAAAUAUAUCAUUAUAAUGGUAAGCUCUAAUUGUUCCACUGAGGACUCCUUUAAAUAUACUUUGUACGGAUGUAUCUUUAGUAUGGUGUUUGUUCUCGGCCUCAUAGCAAACUGCGUUGCUAUCUACAUUUUUACUUGUACAUUAAAAGUGAGAAACGAGACUACAACUUACAUGCUUAAUUUAGCAAUAUCGGAUCUGCUUUUUGUGUUUACAUUACCCUUCAGGAUUUAUUACUUUGUAGCAAGAAACUGGCCAUUUGGAGACAUUCUUUGCAAGAUUUCUGUCACCCUCUUUUAUACAAAUAUGUAUGGGAGCAUUUUAUUUCUGACCUGCAUAAGCGUCGAUCGCUUUUUAGCUAUAGUACACCCCUUUCAAUCCAAGACUCUCCGAACCAAAAGGAAUGCAAAGAUUGUCUGUGUUGCAGUAUGGAUAACCGUGUUAGCAGGCAGCACACCAGCAAGCUUCUUCCAGUCUACAAACCGCCGUAACAAUACUGAACAAAGAACGUGUUUUGAAAACUUUUCAGAGGAUACAUGGAAAACCUACCUAUCCCGGAUUGUUAUCUUCAUUGAAAUAGUUGGGUUUUUCAUUCCACUCAUCUUGAACGUGACCUGCUCUACUAUGGUCUUACGGACUUUGAAUAAGCCGCUUACGCUAAGUCGGAAUAAAUUAAGCAAGAAAAAGGUACUCAAAAUGAUUUUUGUCCAUUUGGUCAUAUUCUGCUUCUGCUUUGUGCCUUAUAAUGUUACCUUAAUACUUUACUCUCUUAUGAGAACACAGACCUGGAUUAACUGUUCAGUGGUAACAGCAGUCAGGACUAUGUACCCCAUCACUCUGUGCAUCGCUGUUUCAAACUGCUGUUUUGACCCUAUAGUCUAUUACUUCACAUCAGACAAUUCAAAAUUCGAUAAAAAAAAACCGAUCCACCAGACCACGGGACAUCAGAUUCUCUGACAGGCCAGUUUCAGAAAGCUUCAUUCAACACAGCCUUCAGACUGUAAAAAUGAAAAUAUUCAAUAGUGAUUCUACAAUAUAAACAGUAUUAACAGACUACCGGGACUAAACUGGAAUUAGAAGCCUGCACACUUCUUCAGCUGUGGAAAUAUAUUCCGCUAUGUAAAUGUUACACUUCCUUCACAUCAGAAGAGUUUAUGCAUAAAGACUGUAAAAGUAUUAAGUAUAGCAGUACACAGGAAGAAGUAUUUUAAGAAUUUAUCUCAAAUGUCUGUCCUGACAGGUUGUAUAUUAGAAACGAACUUCUGGUUUUGGAUUAGGUUAAUCAAAGUCCAAAGACUGACUGUCAAGUCAAAAACAAAUGAAAAAGUCGGUGGGUUUCUUUCUCUGAAGGCAAAAAUAUUGCUUAUUUUUUAAUGAUAUAUGUUUCCAAGGUAGUGAGGACUAGAGUGAAACUACCUGGCUUACAUGCAGGAUCCAGCUGCUGAGGAAAAAAAGCACCAGACUGAUCUUAUCACUGCAGCUACUGUGCCUGCUCCGGCGUUUCCUCUUCUCUUACUCCUCCCUUCUGUCUUUCUCCCUGCACCUUCCUUCUUAGGGAGCACUACGUUCAUGAGCCCUUCGAUCGAUGGGCUACAAGAACUUUGUUUCUCCCAGGUUUAUCUGAUAAAAUGUAUGCUCUCUGCAAGCUGGGCCCCCAUAAAGCAAUUAAAUCUUCUGGCAGUUUAGGGCAUCUGGAAACAACUCAGACAAACUGGUUUUUCUUCUCACCUCUGUCUCAGAUUUCUGCAUAAUUAUAACAAAAUAACCCUGAUGACUGAAGUUAGUGCUUUAGGUUCAGUACCACUUUAUUAAACUCUUUUGUGAGAAGUUCUUCAACUCAACAGACUUCUGAGCAAAACAACAAACUCCAAAUAAGGUACUUCAAUCCCAAAGUGGUAGUUUCUUAGAAAAACAUGAUCUUUGCUAAGUAGAAAAAUGCAUGUGCACCAACCCAAAUAUUUCUUCUAGGAAACAGUUUGGUGUCCCAUAAAGAAACUCAAGAUACCGAAACUUAGAGUGAAACUUCCUCUCAGUCUUUGUGUCUUAGUAAUAUUUUUAAUAGAAGCAUUUAUAAUUUCAAAUGCUACUUUCUUGCAAACUUUAUAAAGUAUAAAAAUAAAUCACUUGGGGCUACUGCUGCCAAAAUUAAUCAAUACACUUUGAAAAGCCAAAGCCAUGUAAAAGGAAAAAUCUACAUAUUACUGUUACAAACAGGAAUAUAUAGAUGAGUGCCUCAAAACACCCUGCUGUGUAUGUUUCCCACUGUACAUUUUCCUCAAGUUUAAUUUAACAUUGCUGUAAAAACGAAAUAAAUAUUUAAAAGGUAAAAGUAAGUAGUAAGUGUUGGUUUUUCCUCCCCCAAAAAACUAAGGAAUAAGAAUCUGCACUUUAGAUUUAGGGCAGUCAGUUGCAACACAGAUAUAGCACUGAGUCAUUUUCACUUCAGGGCACUAUAUGAAGCACGAAUUAAUGUUGGAGAAAACGCAUAUUGAGCUGUCAGAGUACAUGAUACGUUAUCUGAUUGAGUUUGCUUCCCUUUGCAAGGUUGCUGCUUGAAUGUUAUAAAUCAACUAUACAUUGCCUACUACUCUGGAAAACUGAGUUACUCAAAGACUGCUAAAAACUAAUGCUGACUGAAUUUUAAACUUCACAGCAUUCUAAGUCUUUAUCCACCAACUUAUGAAAGGAAAAUCCAAAUAGUAUGAGCUUAAGCUACAAAGAUCACACAGAUAUAAAUGUAUAAUAUCUGAAAAUGGACAAUUAUCUUGUUUGGAAAUCCUAAACUCUUCUGAUUCAUAUCAGACUUGAGAAAAACUCAUUAAACUCCCAGCACAAGUAGAAAACCUGUAAAUUUCCCAUACCCCACUGACAAAUCCAAAGUUCAAAAGCCAGAUAUGCAUCUCAAAUGUCUCAAUACACCUCUUUUUAAGGAGCCUGUAUUAGACUCCCUCUAAAGACUGAGGCUAAAGCCCUUAAUGUCACUGCUGAACUAUGUUUCUGGACUACUCUCCCAAAGCUUGGGAAAGCUGUUUACUUGGUUGAGUGACAACUUGUUCAUUACAGCAGUGAACACCCUGCAGCCUCACCCUGGUAAGGAGAAGUUGUUCUUGAGAUUAUGAAACUGCAGAGGAAAAAAAAAAAAAAUCACUACUGACUUGAAAGCAGAACAAGCAGAUAAAGCCACAUGGAUGGGUAUUCCCCUUUAAGCCAGACCUUCCUUGAGUGUAGUAGCUGAAAGAGCCUGGAGAAGUAGCUCUUUCUGCCUUGCACUCACUCUCCAAGGCACCAGCUUCUCCUUCUUCAGUUAGCGUAGGGCAACCAGUUAACAGCUUGGUAUCUUGGAACUGUUUGAGGAAGCUUUAUAUUUAUUAUUAUUAAACAGACUUUACUCUUACCAUGGGGGGAAAAAAACUAACAACAAAACAAAACUCAAACAAAAAAAACCUCACCGUCAAAACAGCAACAUCUGUGAUUCAGAGAAUCUGACCAUUACUUGAGAAAUUCCUGAUCUGACUGAUUCAGAAGAGGGGGAGUUAACCUGUACCUCCCACAACAACCCAAUAUAAAGCCAAGCUACCAGCUUUUCAGGACUGAGGUUUUCUCCACCUUUUCAGGUUCUGCAACAGGAUUAUCCUGGAGAGCUGGCACAUUCCUGAACAGCUGCGGUCUUUCCCUCUGCUUCUGCCUUUGAUACCAACUCUUUUGUUUCUCUAGUAAGAACUUAUGCCAAAAUUUAAAC